CACGCGUGUAUGGCAAGGUUUCGUAGAACACCGCAGAGCGAAAGUGGGUACCAACACAGAGAGCCGCACGGUACGGAGGGUCGUCGUUUUUAUUUCGUUCUCCACGCUCGGUGCGGGCAGAUACCAUCGAUCGUCGUGACGGAACAGUUUGCUGUCUGUGGCGUGUGUUUUCUGCUGAAAAGUAGCAAAUAAAUUAGGCAGUUGAUUAGUGUUUCUCUUUAUCAGUGCGCAAAUAACAACGAUGGCGAACAUCGAAAUACUAUUGGACCCUAGUCUCGUCAAAGCUCGACAACGGCGGUCUUUCUCGCUAGCGGAGAAAAUGAAAAUACUUGACCGCAUGGCGAAAGGCCAGAGUGCCACCAAAAUUGCUCGGGACUACAACGUUAACGAAUCUACCAUUCGACACAUGCGCAAACAGGAGGCAACCAUUCGGCUGGCGGCAAACUCUAUGACUUCCAAGGUGGCAUCGGGCUCGAAGCGGAAUCGAAACCUUCAAAUGUCAAAGAUGGAAGCCUGUCUAACUACUUGGUUGGAUGACAUUCGCGCUAAGCGACUACCCGUCUGGCAUGGCAAGGUGAAAUCUAAAGCAUUGCAACUCUAUGAUCUUAUCGGAAAGCACGAACUGUUUGAAAGUGUAGGAUUUGCUGCCAGUACUGGAUGGUUCGAAAGAUUCAAACGAAAAUAUGAUCUUUUUGAGUUAAGACCCCAUGAAGAGCGGCCACCUCCAAGCGAGGUGGAGUUCAAAACAACAAUGAAAAGCGCACUCACAGAUGGGCACAUUACACCAGGUCAAAUAUUCACCGUGGAAACAAGUAUGUUUCAUUGGAAACUUCUACCAGGCGUGGAUACACAAGAAAAAGCCAUGAUGUUGUUCAGCUGUGACGCCUCUGGGAAUUUCUUCACACCACCUAUUCUCUUCAGAGAUAAAUCGGAACCCGCAACUAACUCAGUAUAUGUCAAACUUGAAAAGCCAGAGUCCAUCACCAAGCAAGAUUUGCGUGACUGGUUCUACGAUAUUUUUGUGUCAAAGGCCGAAAGUUUUCUCAAAGCAUCCAACCUCCCAGAUCGAGCAAUUGUAUUGGUAGCGAAUGACCCAAAUCAUCCAACUGAUUUAGAACAUUAUUCAUUUGAUGUGGCUACCAUUCCUCCAGGUUGCAACCCUACCUGCUUACCCACUGCUCGGGGAAUCCUGCUACACUUCAACGCAGUUUAUUUGAAACAUCUCAGUCUGGCCAUGAAGGAAAUCGUUAAAAAAGGAAUUCCCUUCGAAGAGGCAUGGGAAAAUUUUUCCAUCGAAGAUACAACAGCCAUCCUAAAAUCCACCGUGGCAGACCUCGACAAACGAGCAUUGAGAAACGGAUGGUCAUACUUACUUGACACACCCAAGCAAGAUUUUUCAAAUGACCCCAUACUUCAAGAAACAGUAUCCAUCCUUCAAUCCAUCGGCGUGAAUGACAUAUCAGUGAGAGAUCUUAGAGAGCAAAUCACUCCUCGGGAACUUACUAACGAAGAGGUCGUCGAAUUCUUCAUGAAACACCAAAAGGAACUGGAAGAGUCAAACUUUGGUGAACCAGCCGAAGCCACACACCAUGAGCUCGAUGAGUUGGAUCCCGUUGAAAGGAGAAUGCUUUUCAACGAAAUCAAUCAACAUCUGGCGGCGUUGGCCUCAGCAAGGAAAUUUUUCGAAGCAAAGGACAAAAACAAGCCCCGAUCAGAAGCCAUCUCGAAACGAUUGAAACAGGUCAGCAUAUGGAUGCGGGAAAUGAGGACCGAAAUAACACCUACCGACCCGGACGAUAAAAUUCCAAUGGAUAUCAAAAUUGAACCGUUGGAAAUAGAAAUGGAAAUCGAACAACUUGAUAGUGAUUAAUAAAAACAGAUAAAAUAAACCUGAGAUAA